CAGACCAUUGCACCAAGUGCAAAUGCAGAGGAGAUCGUGAAGACAUGGAUGACAUUUCUGAAAUCUCCUCCAGGUUACCGAUCAUCAUGUCUGCAGGAUCACCCUCCUCCCCAGGUGGACCCAAUGGUAUCAUUAGAAGUCAGUCCUUUGCCGGCUUCAGUACUCAACAGGAGAGAAGGUCCAGGAGUCACUCCUUCAUUGGAAAUAACGGAAUCCUCAAAAAACCACAGGGAAAAUUAAAGAAAAUGAAUGUUUCAGUCCAUAAGAACAACAGCACACCCAAGGAUGUACAACCAAAGCGAAUGGAUGAAAUGUAUGAAGCACUGAAGAAGGGACUAACCGAGUACCUGGAAGUGCACCAAGUAGAGCUGGACAAGCUCACCACUCAACUGAAGGAUAUGAAACGCAACUCCAGAUUGGGAGUUUUGUAUGAACUUGAUAAGCAAAUCAAAGCUAUAGAGAGAUACGUGAGAAGGCUGGAGUUCCACAUCAGUAAGGUGGAUGAGUUGUAUGAGACAUUUUGCAUCCAGAAAAGACUCAGAGAUGGAGCCUCCAAAAUGAAACAGGCUUUUGAGAUGUCGCCUUCGACUAAAGGUGCCCGAGAAAGCCUUUCAGAAAUAAACAGGAGUUACAAAGAAAACACAGAGGCACUGUGCUCACUGGAGGCAGAGAUUGGAAACCUGCUCGGAGAAUUUCACAUUAAGAUGAAAGGUUUAGCUGGUUUUGCCCGCCUUUGUCCCGGUGAUCAAUAUGAGAUCUUUAUGCGUUAUGGUCGUCAAAGGUGGAAAUUAAAAGGCAGAAUCGAAAUAAAUGACCGGCAAAGUUGGGAUGGAGAAGAAAUGAUCUUCUUGCCUCUGAUUAAUGAAUUAUUCUCAAUUAAGGUGUCCGAGUUGAAGGGUCUGGCAACUCAUCUCCUGGUUGGCAGUGUCACUUGUGAAACGAAAGACCUCUUCACAGCCCAACCUCAAAUGGUUGCCGUUGACAUCAAUGACCUUGGAACUGUGAAGCUAAACCUUGAGGUCACCUGGUAUCCAUUUGAUAAAGAAGACCUGACUCCAUCCACUGGCAAUCUGCACAAAGCCACCAGUGUACAGAGGCGUAGUUCCAUAUAUAGCCAAAGCACUCCAGAAACACCGACCUUUGAAGACUUCUCCUUCUUUUCUUCACAGCUUGAGAAUGGUAUCUUUGAUGAUGGGAACUUGACUGGUGAAAAAUCCAUCUCACUUAGCCAUUGUUGUCUUGCAAAUGGCAACUGUAUUACUCAGCCCAAUUUGACAUCCACUAGUCGAGUCUCUUCUCACCCUGAAAUCACUUUGACUCUGCCUGAUACUCAAGAUGAAGACUCUGAAUCUCAGUCUUCAGCAACACAAACAAAUGGUGUCUCAGCAGCUACAGACACAAUAGAGAGAACUGGUGAUCCUCCUUCAACUGAAUCAGAGGUAGUAGCAGAGAUUAAAGACACUGGAGACAUGUCAACUCUGCAAAUGAAAUACCACCAACCACUGUCAGACCAUGAUGGUGAUGUAUUUUUAGAACCCAGUGUCACAGCGGCAAUCCUUCAAGAUUCGGAUGAGAUGUCUGACCUAAAACCAGUUGAAUUGGAUCCCUAUGAAGGUAAUCUAACCAAGCAACUGGUGAAGAGGUUGACUUCAACAGAAAUGGGGCUAGCUUCUGAGAGGCAGGACCCUGAGUGCUUCAUUUCCAGUGAUUGUGCAGGAACACGGUCCACCUCAGGGAUGAGUCUGGAGGAAGCUCUGCAAGGUCUUCUUCUUUCACUGGAACCACACAAGGAGCAAUAUAAAGAACUUCAAGAAUUGGAUCAAGAAGUCAUGCGACUUGAGGACCUACUGAAGCUGACAGAGACGGACUCACAGUUUGGUUCCAUGAUCUUCUCUGAUGUCUUCUGCUUGCAGUGCAAACCAAGUGCUAACCAAAGCAGAGUGUCCAGCUUAAGUCUCACAGUUGAAAACGCUCUAGAAAGCUUUGAUUUCCUGAACACCUCAGACCUCGAGGAUGAUGGUGGUGGUGAUGAUGCUGACAAUGAUGGCUCUGAUUGCUCUGAUGUCGAGGCUCAGAAGAACACUGUAUCAGUGCAUCCAGAUGUCAGAGGUCACCUCAGUGAGGCAUUGACAGAAGACACUGGAGUUGGUACCAGUGUUGCAGGAAGUCCAUUACCACUGACCACGGGCAAUGAAUCUCUUGAUCUGGCUAUCAUUAAGCACUUACAGCACUCUGAACAUCUGUUCCAGGAACUUCUUUCAUUUGAAGAAUAUCCAGUCAUUCGGGAUAGUCUCCUGGAUAAGAUUUCCCAACAGGCUUGUGUGCUAGAAAAUGUGGUUGAGCUCAGCACGGAGAAAUUGGGGAGCAGUGAUCCUGUUUUAGAAGUUCCUCCACUCCUACAGAGACAUCAGGCAUUGCAGUCCAGCUGGUUAGGGAGUUCCACCACAGGAAAUGCAUUUUAUGUGCCCGUGGACAGACUGAUGAAACAAAUAAGAAUCCAGUUUGGCGAAAAUGUGGACAAGACAAGUCCAAGUCAUUGCGAAACAGUCUUUCAAAUACUCAUGAAUCAGAUGCUGGAUAAACCUGAGCUGUUACCUGGCCCCAAUGUAGACGAGGUGAUAACCAUCUGGCAGUUUUCCAACUACCUGACGAGUCUCAACACAUCUGACCUCAGAAGUCACCUGACGCGGCUGGCGAGUGAAGUCUCAAUGCUGCAGAAUCUUCGGUCCUUGCAGCCGGAAAGGAAGUUAGAAAUGUUGAAAGAGCAACCAGCCCAGAACCUUCAACCUUUAGAGGAGACAUUAAAGGUGAUAGCUUUCCUUCUGCUGGAAGCUAACAGUGACCUGGUGCAUGCCACCACUUCCUACCUUGCCACAGCUUCAAUGGACAACACCUUCAGAAAAAAGGCUUUGCUUUAUUACACCAAGGCUAUCAUCCAACCCAAUGUCAAACUCCAGAGGGCAGCUUGUGCGGCACUGAAAUGCAUCAAUGCUUGUGAAAGUAUUGAUGUCCUGGUGGGUCUGUGCCAAUCAACGAGAGAGGUUCUGCGACAAGCAGCUGCUGAAUCGCUCCUCUCACUUGGGGAAGAAGGUCGCCUGGCUUAUGAGCAGCUGGAUAAAGUCCCUCAGGAAAUAGUGCGGCUUGCAGGAAGACGAGGAAAUGCAGUUAGCACUGCCUUCUGAAAGCAAAACUCUGCGACACACCACAGUAUUAGGGACUACUCAGACUGGUGCUAGCUCCAAUGUCUGCCCUGAGCUGAACACUGUGGCAUGGUAGCAAAUGGCAGCGAUCCAGGACAGCACAUCCUGAACCAGGCAGAAACUAUCCUCAAACUACAGUAUGCAUGAUGUCUCACCAUCCAAAGAGCAAGCAAACAAAUCAACAAGAGAGUCAUUUUAUUCAAUUUUUUUUUUACCAAAGUUAUUCAUGCUCCACAGCAAUCACUUUAUUCUGUGUUAAUUUAUUUAGAGUCAAUCGAAAUGUUUUAACUACUGAAUUUCCUGUUCCCUUUUUAAUUUUGAAAUCACACUGGUAUUAUUUGUUUUUUUAUUUGCACAUUUCUGAGAUUGAUUAUCAGGGUAUACAUUGUACAUACAGCAACUCUAGUUAAAGUAUUCUUCCUUUUUUAUUUGCUUUCUGGCAUCCCACAGCUGUAAUUUGGCCCAACAGGUAAAACAAAAGCCAAACAAACAUAGCGAGUGCCUGGUGCAAUGGGGAUUAGUCUUUGAAGUUACAUCUACGGCAGAUGCAGUGCUUCAGCUUUUAGAAUUUAGAAGCAAGGUAUCUUCCGCAGGAUAUGACAAUCAUCAUGUGCAUUUACGGAUAUUGCUCCAGUUACAGGUUGAAAAUACCUAUCCUGUAGGCCACAAUCUCUCCACCAGCCAUACUGCACAUGUAGUUGGGAGACUGAGUGUUACGUUUCAGCAGUGACUGUGUGAGAUCAGGAUUCUAAUGUUAUGAUGCAGGGUUAUCUGCGGAAUAUCAAAUUGACCGUAACCUGAGGACUACAUCAUCGAUGAAUGAACAGGAACAGUGGCUAGAGAGGGGUUGCAGCUACUCAAAUAAUGUAUAAUUAAGUAAGCCGAUUAAAAUUUGAUUUUGUUCCCUUGUCUUUUGGAAGUAAAAGCAGGAAACUUCUUGUUUACCUUAAUGGCAUUUUUAAAAUAAAAAUUUAAAUAUG